AUGAACUUAAACUUUAAACCAGGACGCUUUAUGACGGUCAAAGAAGUCUUAAUGAGCUCCAUGCCUAGCAAUGUAGUUCGCACACAAGGCAUGGCACUUAAAUUUGAAAACCAGAACCUGACUCUUCAAGGCCUAGACAAUAUCUCUACAAUAGAGGUCGAGACUGACCUAGUCAAUCUCCCUGUCUCUCUGCAGUCUUUUUAUAUGGUGAUUGGGGAAGUCAAGGUAGACUACUUAGGCGGGAAGAAAAUCCGCGCAACUGUCUGCAGAGAGCUGGUAUUCCGAAAAUACAAUGUGGAUUAUUACGAAAAAGAAAUGAUGAGAUGCCUGAAUUAG